CCGGGCUGGAAAUGGGGCGCAGGGCCUCGAGGUAGAGGGAGAGGACUCGGGGCGGAGCGAGCUGGCCCGCAGGUCCUGGGCAGGAACCAAGGAGCCUCGUUUGGGGCUCGGAGAGGCUUGGUGUUCCCACGUCGGGGCUGGGAGGAGCCGGCGAAUUACCCGCGGGUGUGCGGGGAGCGCCCCGUGAGCGUGGAAGAUGCCGUACCUUGGCUCCGAGGACGUGGUGAAGGAGCUGAAGAAGGCUUUGUGUAACCCUCACGUUCAGGCGGAUAGGCUGCGCUACCGGAAUGCCAUCCAGCGAGUGAUUAGGCACAUGACUCAGGGCUUGGACAUGUCUGGUGUUUUCAUGGAAAUGGUGAAGGCCAGUGCCACUGUAGAUAUUGUUCAGAAGAAGUUGGUUUAUCUGUACAUGUGUACAUAUGCCCCCCUGAAACCGGAUCUGGCUCUCUUGGCCAUUAAUACUCUGUGCAAAGACUGUUCGGAUCCCAAUCCAAUGGUGCGGGGGCUGGCGUUACGGAGCAUGUGUAGCCUCAGGAUGCCUGGUGUGCAGGAAUAUAUCCAACAACCUAUUCUCAAUGGUCUGCGUGAUAAGGCGUCAUAUGUCAGGCGGGUGGCAGUCCUUGGUUGUGCCAAGAUGCAUAAUCUUCAUGGAGACUCGGAAGUGGACGGUGCUCUGGUAAAUGAAUUAUACAGUUUGCUGCGUGACCAGGAUCCAAUUGUGGUUGUGAACUGCCUGAGGUCUCUAGAGGAAAUUCUGAAACAGGAAGGAGGUGUUGUCAUCAACAAGCCCAUCGCCCACCAUCUCUUAAAUAGAAUGCCAAAACUGGACCAGUGGGGCCAGGCUGAAGUAUUGAACUUUCUGCUACGCUAUGAGCCCCGCAGCGAGGAGGAGCUGUUCGACAUUCUCAAUCUGUUGGAUAGCUUUCUCAAGAGCAGCAGCCCCGGUGUGGUGAUGGCAGCCACAAAACUCUUUCUGAUCUUGGCCAAAAAAUUCCCCCAUGUACAAACCGAUGUGCUCGUGCAAGUCAAGGGACCCCUGCUGGCUGCCUGUUCUUCAGAGAGCCGCGAGCUCUGCUUUGCGGCCCUCUGUCACGUGCGUCAGAUCUUGCGUAGUCUGCCGGGUCACUUUAGCAGCCACUACAAGAAGUUUUUUUGCUCCUACUCGGAGCCCCACUACAUCAAGCUGCAGAAGGUGGAGGUGCUGUGUGAGCUGGUGAACGAUGAGAAUGUGCAGCAGGUGCUGGAGGAGCUGCGGGGCUACUGUACCGAUGUGUCGGCCGACUUUGCCCAGGCUGCCAUCUUUGCCAUAGGUGGUAUUGCCAGGACCUACACAGAUCAGUGUGUGCAGAUUCUAACAGAGUUGCUGGGGCUUCGCCAAGAGCACAUUACCACGGUGGUGGUGCAGACUUUCCGAGACCUGGUUUGGUUGUGUCCUCAGUGUACGGAAGCUGUGUGUCAAGCCCUGCCCGGCUGUGAGGAGAACAUUCAAGAUAGCGAGGGGAAACAGGCACUUAUUUGGCUCCUUGGUGUCCAUGGGGAAAGAAUUCCCAAUGCUCCCUACGUGCUGGAAGACUUCGUGGAGAAUGUGAAGUCGGAGACGUUUCCAGCCGUGAAGAUGGAGCUGCUCACUGCACUGCUGCGCCUUUUCCUCUCCCGCCCGGCCGAGUGCCAGGACACGCUGGGCCGGCUGUUACAUUACUGCGUAGAGGAAGAAAAGGAUAUGGCAGUACGGGACCGGGGUCUCUUCUAUUACCGCCUUCUCCUAGCCGGCAUUGAUGAGGUGAAGCGGAUCCUCUGUAGCCCUAAAUCUGACCCUUCUCUCGGACUGUUGGAGGAUCCGGCAGAGAGACCUGUGAACAGCUGGGCCUCGGACUUCAACACGCUGGUGCCGGUCUACGGCAAAGCCCGCUGGGCAAGCAUCUCUAAGUGCCAGGGGGCAGAGCGUCGGGGCCCAGAGCUUCCUAACACUGCAUCCUUUGCCACCGCAGGUCCCCUGAUUCCUGACGAGAACAAGGAGAGGGCACAAGAACUCCCUGACUCGGGAGCCCUCAUGCUGGUCCCCAACUGCCAGCUGACUGCUGAGUGUUUUGAGAAAACUUGGUUUAGCCUGAAAGUUGCUCAUCAGCAGGUGUGCCGGUGGCGGGGAGCAGUCCAUCCUGACACCUUGCAGAUGGCCCUCCAGGUGGUGAACAUCCAGACCAUCGCCAUGAGCAGGGCUGGUGCUCACCCGUGGAAAGCCUACCUCAGUGCUCAGGACGACACUGGCUGUCUGUUCCUAACAGAACUGCUGUUGGAGUCCGAGAACGCGGAAAUGCAGAUCUCCGUGAAACAAAGUGAGCCGAGGACCGAGACCCUGAACAGUUUUAUUUCUGUAUUAGAAACUGUGAUGGGAACAAUUGGAGACAUAAAAUCUUAACAGAUUCUUGGUGCCUGUCCUAAGUGAGGUGAACAGCUCCCAGAGUUCCUAGUUUGUCUUCUUAAAGUUGCUUUUAAGUCCAGAUAAUAUCAAAUGCGAUAGAGAAUGGGUAAUCUCGGAAUCAGGAUUCUUAUGGCUUUGUUCAAGGGCUAUCGAUUUGUUCCUUUCAUGCCUUCUGGUGAAUGACCCCAUUUUUCCAGGUGAUGUCGAAAAGGUUAAUGUUGGUGAGGGGAUGGGAAUGGGCUGCAGAUAGGUUUUGGAUUCUUUUCUAAUCCGUUUUAGGGAUUGUUUUACUCAUUAAAGAUGCCUGAUGUGUCUGGAAACUGAUGAAGUCAUCA